AUGUAUCGGACUGUAUUUCUUGUACUUUUUAUUGUUUUUUGUGUAUGCCAUGCAAAUCCCGACGCAAAAAGGCUGUACGACGAUUUGUUGAGUAAUUACAACAGGUUGAUUCGACCCGUGGACAAAAACAAUAACACAGUGUUAGUCAAACUCGGCCUGCGAUUAUCACAAUUGAUUGAUUUGAAUCUAAAAGAUCAAAUUCUGACAACAAACGUCUGGCUUGAACAUGAAUGGGAAGAUCACAAAUUCAAAUGGGACCCUUUGGAAUAUGGUGGGGUGAAGGAACUUUAUGUGCCGUCUGAACAUAUUUGGUUACCAGAUAUCGUUCUUUACAAUAAUGCCGACGGAGAAUACGUGGUCACCACCAUGACGAAAGCGGUGCUUCACCACACCGGCAAAGUCCUGUGGACUCCGCCAGCCAUUUUCAAGUCUUCAUGUGAAAUCGACGUCAGAUACUUCCCCUUUGAUCAGCAGACUUGCUUCUUGAAGUUUGGGUCUUGGAGCUACGAUGGUGAUCAGAUCGAUUUGAAACAUAUAAACCAGAAGAAAGGCGACAUGGUGGAUGUCGGGAUAGACCUUCGGGAGUACUAUCCCUCGGUGGAGUGGGACAUCCUGGGGGUGCCGGCCGAACGCCACGAGAGGUAUUACCCCUGCUGCCAGGAACCUUAUCCAGAUAUCUUCUUCAACAUAACACUGCGACGGAAAACUUUAUUUUACACCGUCAACCUGAUAGUUCCUUGCGUUGGGAUAUCAUAUCUCUCAGUCUUGGUUUUCUACUUACCCGCUGACUCUGGAGAGAAGAUCGCAUUAAGCAUCUCCAUUUUACUGUCACAAACAAUGUUUUUCUUACUUAUAUCAGAAAUUAUACCAUCAACAUCAUUAGCUUUGCCAUUAUUAGGAAAAUACCUAUUAUUUACAAUGUUGCUUGUAGGUUUGUCUGUAGUCAUAACUAUUAUAAUACUGAACGUGCAUUACCGUAAACCAAGUACUCACAAAAUGGCGCCAUGGGUUAGAAAGUUCUUUAUAACGAAGCUACCUAAAUUAUUACUGAUGAGAGUUCCCAAAGAUCUUUUGAGGGACUUAGCUGCUCAAAAGAUUGCCGGUCGUAGUAUGAAGAAUAAGAAUAAAUUCAAAGAUGCGUUGGCGGCUGUAGAGCAAACCAAUUCUAAUUCGUCAAGUCCUGAUUCCCUGAGACACCAUUUGCCUGGAGGUUGUAAUGGACUUCAUUCAACUACUGCUACAAACAGAAUGUCUCAUAACAGAUUCAGCGGCCUGGUAGGUGCUCUUGGCAGCCUAGGUGCUGGUUACAACGGCCUCCCCUCAGUUAUGUCUGGUCUAGAUGACUCUCUCAGUGACAUGGCUCCUCGUAAGAAGUAUCCAUUUGAGCUGGAGAAGGCAAUACAUAACGUCAUGUUCAUUCAACAUCAUAUGCAGAGGCAGGAUGAGUUUAAUGCGGAAGAUCAAGACUGGGGCUUCGUCGCUAUGGUUCUGGACCGUCUGUUCCUUUGGAUCUUCACUAUCGCCUCCAUUGUCGGUACAUUCGCUAUUCUUUGCGAAGCGCCGUCUCUGUACGAUGAUACUAAACCUAUCGACAUGAUUCUGUCUUCAGUCGCCCAACAACAAUUUUUGCCUGUGGACAGUGGCGAUUCUUAAGUAUUGGUGCAAUAAUGUU